CUCGGCACUGUAGACGGUCAGUAAAGAUUAAAAGAAGAGCUUGUCACAUGACACAGGAGGGCGUUAGGAAACCCGUGUGCGAAUGUCGACGAAAGCUGCCCGGUGUGUUGUUUCAUCCUUUCAUAAUUGCCUUUCUAUAUUAGAUUACAUGUUUUUUUUCUUCUUUUUUUCGUUUUUUCAAGACUAUCGGAAGUGCUCACUCAUUGAAAGGGAAAAGUUUAAGAGAGCUGCCGGCCGGCAGCUUAAGGCAUCUCCAGUACGACGGAGUUGGAAGACUAUCGGAAGUGCUCACUCAUUGAAAGGGAAAAGUUUAAGAGAGCUGCCGGCCGGCAGCUUAAGGCAUCUCCAGUACGACGGAGUUGGAAGGUAAUUAACUCAACGUGUGGAUCGGAUGGAUGUUUGAGUGGAGGAGCUGUGUGUGCUGUUUGUAAAAUGAAAGCGGACUGCACUAUUUGAUAUUUGAUCGAGUCCAUAAAGUCCGUUUUUGGCACAUCGGAAAUGGAAGGCGUAGUCGAGUCGGACACUGCAGUGCAGAUCGCACUAUUCCUUUAAACAGUGACAAGGAAAACAGUUCUGAAUUUCAGCUUUGAUGGCCUUAACUUGGAAGCAAGCAGCAAUCAAGCAAUACCUAUACAGAGGAUUUUGGCGUCUGUUGACAUUCAGCAUUGUUCUUUCUCGCAUAUCUGAUUCAAAUAUCCUGAAGGUGACAGCUGCUGAGCAAGAAGAAGUCAAUUCAGGAGGAGACAUUUUGCUGCAGUGUCAUUUCCCCUGCUCCCAAAAUGUUCUUCUCAAAGAAAUGAUUAUUGAAUGGAUUUUUAGCAGCAAUUCCACAUCACAUCUGGUUUAUUAUUAUAACCUGCGAACAAACAAUACAGAAAUAAACACCAUCUACCAGGACCGACUGCAGACAUUUCACAGAGACUCACCUUGUGGGAAUGCCUCACUUCUGUUCCAUGAUGUCCACCUUAAUGACACCGGGACCUUCACCUGCCAUGUGUUCAUAAAGCAGAGGAUAAGUCCCUGUAAAGUGCAUCUGACUGUGCUGGCAAGUAACUCUGGAAAGGCAGACACUGAAACUCCUACAACUGAGUCACUGGAGAAGCCAACUGAUCAACCCAGGAGGCACUGGUACUUCCUGGUAUUGGCAUUUGUCGUGAUGCUGAUAGCCCUUUGUAUGAUUUGUGUCAGAGUUUGCUACCUGAGGCGAAGACAUGCGCACCAGUUACAAGUGAGGAAUGAAGAGGAGCUUCGGGAAAUGGCGCUUUAGAGGGAAACAGGAUUCAAACUGUCUGAAAAGGUGACAUAAAACUAUACACGGCAACUAUGAAAACUUUAAAACUAUACACAGCAACUGUGAAAACUAUAAAGCUAUA